AUAUAUACAAAAGUGGAUCAGAUGACCCAGAGAGAGUACAGUGCUUAUGUGGUUGAUAUACACAGCAGCAGCAGAACAGCAGAACUCGCGCUCAGCUUAUUGUCAAGCUAUUGGAAUAUGUUAUCUAUCAGAUGAUUCAUGAAAAAUGGAGAAACCAAAGAUCAGAAGACACUCAGUGUUAGAAGAACUGGAUGAGGAGGAUCCAACUGGUGCCAUGAGGAGAACAGAAAGAUUGUUUACUGGCCUGAUAGUUUUAGGAAUUGUUAAUAUUUUAUGGAAUGCUAGUAUUCGAGUUACCAAGCAUGUUCAGCCGUACGUUCUGGUUGAUAGGCCAUUUUUUGUCCUCUUUUUUAGAGCAGCCUUGUUAAGUUUGUAUUGUCUUGGCUGGUGUAUGUGGUCACCAUGGAGGAGACGUAUUUAUGAAGAAAUAAUACUAGUUUUUAGGUAUGGUAAAAAAAAUGAAAAUACAUUCUAUGUCAAUGGUCUUCCUCGUAUGAGUACCCCUUCAUUUGUACCAAUCAAAUAUGAUGAAACCUCUGAUGCAGAAGUUGUAUUGAAGGAAAAUACAAUUAAGUUUAAGAAUACAGUAGAAGUUCGCCAAAUGUCUGAUGAGGAUGCAGCUGAAGCUCAGUGGUCUAGAUUCAGCUACGAUUUAACACUUGGUUUGGAACUCUUAGAAAAAGAAAAAAAGAAAAAACAGCCCAUUUCAGAACAUAUUAAAAUGGCUAUUAGUUGUGCACUUUUUUGGUCAAUAGCACAAUGCAUGAGUUAUCAAGGCACACAAUUACUACCAACAUCGUCUUUAGCUGUUUCUUCAGCAUCAUGCAGUGCCACAAUUUUUAUUUUAUUAGGAAUGUUCAAUUGCUGUAGAGGACAACGUUUAAAUAUGACAGAGAUGUUUGCAGUAAUAGUUAGCAGUAUAAGCCUUGUAGCUACCCUUAAAAUAGCUGAGCCUCCAGAAAUUUUCAAAAACUUAAAAACAUUUCCAUCUGGCUUAAAUCUGUGUUUCUUAAGUGGAUUAUUUUAUGGAAUUUUUAUAGUUACUGUAAAAACAAAAACUUCUAGAAAAGAAUUUGAUAUACCAAUGUUGUAUUCAAUUAUGGGGCUGUUUCUUUUUUUAAUUGGAUUACCAGGCCUUUAUAUGCUUGACCGAACAGGCAUAGAAUUGUUUGAGUGGCCUAAUAAUUAUCAGUGGAUAUAUUUAAUAGUAAAUGAAAUCAUUAGAACAGUAUUCUGUGAAGUUUUCUGGCUAUGGGCGACAAGCAUGGCAACACCAAUUAUAGCAUUGCUGUCCAUACCUUUAUGUUUAUCAGCAAGUUUUGUACUAGAUAUGCAUAGUGUCAUGGAUCAAAAAAAUGGGAUACUUCGAUGGAUAAUCUCAUUUUUCCCAACUUUUUUUUCUGUGAUAUUUUUAAUAUUUGUAGUAAUUUUUGACAAUUGUGAUCCUAUGUAUGAAAUGGUGAAGUCAAUUGCACAAUCUUGUUCAAGGAAAAAAGUAUUGAUAAAGGUGUUGGAUUCGGAAAAAGAUCAAACUGAACAGCUUAUUUGCACACAACCUCGGACACAUGAAGCUUAACGUGACAAUAAUUUUAGAGCUUUGAGGAAUUUGAACAAUUAUUUUAUAACUAAGAAUUAAAGAGCAUCUGUGAAUCCAUUCCUUAAGAUUGUUUAGAAAAUACCCAGUUUUUUUUUCAAGAUCAUUCUUGAAUGUGGUUGGGGGUUUUUUUUAAUGAAAAUGAAGAUUCUAAUAAUUGUGAAGUCGCUCUGCAUGACAUAAUGGUAAAGUAGAUUCAAAAAACAUUUUUCAAUAUUUCAUAUAACUACUUUUAUGAAUUAAUUUUAUUGACUAAAAAAAUUAUUCGACUAGUUCAGUUUUUUUCUACGUCGAUGUUUAAUAAGAGAAAUGUCUUUUGACAAUCAAAGUUUAUUAACUGAAUAAUGCUACUGUUACAAGUCAUUUAUACUUGAGAAAAAUGUUAUUGAAAUUAAUUAUAAGUUUUGCAAUAAUAUCAUAUUGAUUAGAUAUUUAACAGUUGAUAAGAAUUUCUAAAAAAGAUUUAUUUAAAUUUGACUGAAGUUGAUAAACAUUUUUUUGAAAACUUCUAAUUUAAUAUUUAUGAUUUAAAAAUAAUCUAUUUCUGUCACAUAAAUGGGUUUUUUUUAAAUCAUAAUUUGCAAUGUAUUUGCUUAAUGACAAAAAGAUAGAAUCUUUCAAUUUUUUGAAAUUUGAAGGUAGUGCCAAACCAGGUUAAAACUGAAAGUUUUCAAACACAUUUUUGGAAUUCUGCGGAAUAUUUCUAUAGAAUACUCCACAGUGCUCCAAAAAAAUUGAGACAAAAACCGUAAAAAAAAAAAAUUCCUUACAAAUCUAGGAAAACGGAUUCGAAAAUGUUUACUUUUAUCUUGGCUUCGGUAUUUCCUUGAAUUAAUUAUAAAGAUUUUAACUUUUAUAAUGUUAAUAAGUUUGAGGUCUCUCAAUAAUUACAUAUCAUGGUUUUUAUGAAUUAUAAUUGAGUGAUAAUUAUUUAUGUAUAUUGAUGCAAAGUGCUGUUCUAUUCCCGUUGCAAUAUUGAAAAGGUGCGUAGGACCAAAACAGAUUUAUACAUUCAAAGCAGUUGAAGUAGUAGUAAUACUUUCUUAGCCUAGUCACUAGAUUCUCCAUUUUUAUUUCACUGUAUAAAUAUGAUCUGUAUAUUCGUGAGAAAUUCAUUGUAUUCCAUGGCUGUUUUACAGUUAAAAUAGAAGCGCACAUGUACCUAAGUUUUUUGCAGUUGUGAAGAGAUUUUAUUUCUACUAAGUUUUCUUAAUUGUUUGUCAAUUUUAUACACGUAAUUAAUUGCGAGUUUGUUAGAGAUAAAAUUAAGCUAUAUCAGAAAAUGUGAUAUCGUACGUUUCUGAAUUGUUAUACAGAUUUUUAUCGCCUAUUGUUUAUUCAUAAAUAAUAAACGUUAUAAUUAGCUUGCAGUUCCUACCGAUUUAUGAACAUAAUGGUGCGCAACCUCCAGACCAAGUCUGACAUAUUAAUUGUACCUAUACGUAUAGCGUUGAGUUGUAUGAUAAUUGUAAGAAGUAAGUUUGUAAAUAAUUAGUAUACUAAUAUAAGAACUUUAUAAAAUAUAAAAUAUUUGUAUGA